GUCGCCUCCGCUGGAGUUCCAAAACUUACUGAUACCUCCGUUGGCAUUCAGCCAGACAAAGGUAAUUGUGGCAGAUGGACUUGUUCGUUAUAUAGCUGCGUGUUGCACCCGUCUCGGUGUUAUGCUAGCGACAUUCCUGUGUACAGACGGCAGAGGAUACUUACGACACAUGACACAUCCAUGAUCGUCGUCCGCCGUGUCAGCCUUGUGCCAACCUUGUGUCUCUUAUUUGUACAACGGCUCCGGAGCUUUCUGGUAUUGCUUCGCUCUCUCGACUCAUUAUUCCCCCCUUCUUUUCAGAAGGACCAGGCCCUCACUACGUCGCAAUGGCUGAAGAACCACAGCCGAUGUCAAUUCAGCAGCGAAUUGCUGCUCUGAACAAAGUCCAUAUUGGACAGGGCUUGAACGGCAGUCGGCCAACAUUUCGCUUGCAGCCAGCUUCACAUCUAUCAUCUCAACCUGCUGCUCUGGAGAGAGGCGAAUUGCCCGAUGAUCAAGGGAAAGUGGUGGUUCACCACCCGAAUUUCCCUCCUCCGCCACAGCCUUCCACUGCUGCUAGCGCCAGCAAUGGGACAAAUCUCAGGGUCCCACCGCCGCUACCGGCCCGGAAACUAUCAACUUCAUCUGCUCCACCUCCGGCAUUGCCUCCCCGCAUACCAUCUGGUAGGAGGAAUUCCAGAGAAUCGCUAGCUUCCGACACGUCCUUAUCUACAACCACGACCACCACGUCUGCAAGUGCGGGAACCAGGACACCGGGAACAUCGUCAACUACACCUGAUGCCUGUCUACAUCCUGUGCGUGCGCCGCCGUGGAAUGCAAAGGACCCGGUACCUUUGCCUCCAAAGAGGGAACAGACUAAAGCCGUCAUAGAUUCCUGGAGUUCAUCUAAGCCUAAGCUCCCAUCGCCUUUUCUAAAGACAAAAACUAUGCCUGCACGGCCAGCGCAGCCCACUCGAACGGUUUCGAGCAACAAUAAUGUGCGAGGUAAUGGUCACCUGGCAUCUCAAUCAUCACCCCAAAUUCCCCGGAAUCUGCCCCCUCGGCCGAGUCUACCUUCUAGAUCAUCAUCGAGCAAUAACGAUGCUGCCUCUUCUCCAGCUGCGGUGCAACCGCCAUUAACAGACGACACCACAAAGCCGCAGAGUGCAGCAUAUGAAGCUCGCACCAAGUUACCGAUUAAGAAACCCCCACCUCCGCCCGUUUCAGUGGAAACGCUCCGACGGACGGGACUUACAGCUAUGUGGAAAAGUUUUGACACUCCAGAUGAGUCGGCUGUGUCUGCCCAUAACAACUCCAACAGUCCAGAAGCAGUGAAACCCCCGGAAGAUGUGCCGCCACCGGUGCCACUGGCAUCACGCCCUGAUCUCUCCAAGAUUCUAGCCACAAAACCUCGACUCCAGUCCUCUAGUUCUUCAAACGCUGGGUCGACAGUGGCCUGUUUGAAAUGCCGUGAUUACUCAGCCCCAGAUGCGCACGCAGCUAGAUUUCCACGAGAGUCCCUUCCAACUUAUGACCUUCGUUGGCUGGCAAAUGAGCUAACAACGCCAUUUCCUUCGUUGACCGACAAGGCUAGAGUGAUAUUUACCUGGCUGCAUCACAACGUAUCAUACGAUGUAUAUUCCUUUUUCAACAAUUGUGUGAAGCCGUCCACUCCUGCCAAUACACUCGCCACCGGGUUAGCAGUAUGCGAGGGAUACGCUGGAUUAUUUACAGCCCUGGCAACCCACGCUGGGAUGGAAUCCUUAGUGGUUUCCGGUCACGGUAAGGGCUUUGGGUUCCAGGAUUUGGCUCCAGGGUCUGCACUCCCACCCUUUAAAGCCAGUCAUGCCUGGAAUGUGGUCAGAAUCGACAAUGGCCAGUGGAAGUUGAUCGACCCGUGCUGGGGCGCUGGACAUGUCCAGGGCGCUGGCCAACCAUACGUCAAAGAAUUCAACCCCGCGAUGUUCACGGAUACUAACGACGAGUUUGGCCUGCGACAUUUUCCUUCCAACAAAAACCAAUUCUACCGGGAUGAUGGGAGAUCUGAAAUCAGUUGGGAAGAAUACUUGCUUCCUCCCACACAUCCAAUGAUAUACUCGGACGCCAAGAGAUAUCACAUCGGGAGGCGCACUUUCCAACCAGCGACAAAUCGGAUCUCCGUUCAUCAGCCGGGGCCGAUCCGCUUCCAGUUCAGUCUGAUCUGCCCUCAUUGGACGCUGGAACAUCACAGUAAAAAUGCCGCCGGAUUCUUUCUUCUGAACAUUCACGGGAUUGACGGCCGGCGAGACGAGCAUAUUCCAUUCAACCAUGUGCGGGGUUCGGGACCCGGUGGCGGUGGUGACGUGUGGUACGUUGAUAUUGCAGACCCCAGGGUUCUAGGCGCUCCGGGACAGUCUGUGCAGGUUAUGGUCCUCACUAGCUUUGGAGAUCGAAAGGACCCGCGAGGGUUGACUCCUCAAGAAUAUCGGGAGAAGACUGGCCGAGUGGGUAUGGCGUGGGCUGGAAUUGCACAGUGGGAGCUCAUUUGACGCGUUGCGGUCAUUUUACUUCUAAAUCUACAGUCUCGACUGAUAGUCUAGACUGAUUUUGCCCCCGAUAUUAUUUUUAAUACUCCGCAUUGGUUUUCAUGACUGGAGAUGGCAAAUGAUAUUAUUGUUAGAAUGGUUGUACAAGCGGUGCAUGUUAUGAAUAAUUGAUGAGUGCAUGACAUGUACAGAUAACGGUUAAAGCAUACAGCAUAGGAAUUGAUGAUGUAUUAGGUAGCUGGCUUGAAAUUGGGUAGGGCUAACUAGUUAGCACAUAUGAUUAUGUAAUUUCCGGACGUUCCACCAGAGCAGCCUCUAUAGUAUCAGGCACUUCAUCCGCUAGCAUUCAAUACAGAUCGCAGCGCUCUGCAUCAAGUUAAGUCUCGAAGGGGACCAAAGCAGUUCACGUCGUGAUCUGAGGAGCUGAAGGUGAUGGAGUACUCGGUCCGAUCCGUUUCACGCAAGCCUGGGUUGCACUCUUUCAGGCCUUUCGUGACAUAAAAAAUUUCUUCGUCGGGGACGGGGUUCUUGGGUAAAUCCUGGGUAGAUUAUUAGUUAUUCUGAGAGGGGAUUGUUUGCUAUGUGCAUAGUGGUAGUAGACGCUCAGUGUAGGCAGAUACGGUACCUGUGAG